CAUCCCUUCCUCAUCCCCCUCUUCCUCCCCUAUGGGUCCUUAUGGGGUCUCUAUGGGUCUCUAUGGGUCUCUAUGGGUCUCUAUGGGUCCCCUAUGGGUCCUUAUGGGGUCCCUAUGGGUCCCUAUGGGUCUCUAUGGGUCCCUAUGGGUCCUUAUGGGGUCCCUAUGGGUCUCUAUGGGUCCUUAUGGGUCUCUAUGGGUCCUUAUGGGGUCCUUAUGGGGUCUCUAUGGGUCUCUAUGGGUCUCUAUAGGGUCUCUAUGGGUCCCUAUGGGGCUCUGCAGUGGGUUGGACACUAAUUAACUUGGCCCUUAAUGACCUUCGUCCUUAAUGAGCUGAGCGGGGCCCCUCGGGGCAGCGACCUGUAGGGCGGCUGUGGGGCGGGCUGUGGGGCGGCCCCACCGCUUCCCGGAACGGCGCCGGUGUUGCACAACUCCGCCCCAUAGAGCCGGACCCACAGAUCCCGGACCUACAGCCCCACAGAUUCUGCCUCAAUGGCCGCAGCGCUGCUGGGCCUCGUCCUCCUGCUGCCCCACAUCGCGGCCGCCCCCCGCUGUGACCCGGCUCAGAUCCCCAUCGCCGGCGGUUGGGGGGAGCUGGAGGAGGGCGGAGAGGGCGCUGCGCUACCGCUGCCCCCCCGGGCAUUUCCCCACCCCCACCGCCAGGCGGAGCUGUGGGUCGGACGGCCGCUGGGUGCCGCUGCAGCCCGAGCUCGGGACCCCCAAGUACAGAGCCGCGUGGUGCCCGGCCCCGCAGGACCUGGAGCACGGCGCCCUGUGGCCCCGGCUCCCCCGUUACCCGCCCGGUUCCGUCCUUCACUUCCGCUGCUUCGACGGCUUCUCGCUGCGGGGCUCCAGAACCGGAGCUGCGGCCCGGGGGGGAAAUGGAGCGGCGUCACCGCGGUGUGCGACGAUGGAUCCGGUGACUGCCCGGCGCCCCCGGUGCCGGCGGGCGGCAGCAAGGAGGGCUCCCGGUACCGCCUGGAGGAUUCGGUCCGAUUCCGUUGCGGCUCCGGUUUGGUGCUGCUGGGUUCGGCCGUGCGCCGCUGCCUCGAGGGGGGGGUCUGGAGCGGGACCGAACCGCAGUGCAGGGACCCCUAUUCGUUCGAUACCCCUGAGGACGUCGCGUCGUCCUUCAUGGCUUCACUGAGCCAAAGCGUGGAGCGGGCGGACAGCAGCAGCACCCAUGACCCGACGGAGAAGCGGCGCAUCCGGGUGGAGGCCGGCGCGGCUCUGAACGUUUUCCUGCUGCUCGACGCCUCCCGCAGCGUCGGCGCCAAGGAGUUCGGGGAGUCCAGCAGCGCCCUGCAGCAACUGGUGGAGAAGAUCGCCAGCUAUGGGGUGGACCCCCGCUAUGGGAUCAUCACGUUCGGGACGGAGGCGCACGUGGUGCUCAGCCCCACAGAUCCGCAGGCAGCCGACGGCGCUCAUGUGGGGCAGCUGCUGCAGGGGCUCAACUUCGAUGCUCACGGCUCCAAACCCGGCACCAACCCCCACGCCGCCUUCAAGGCCGUUUAUUCCCUGCUGGUGCAACAGGAACGGAUGGAGCAGCUGAGGGGGCUGCGCCCCCCCCCGGUCACCAACAGCACCCGACACGUCAUCGUCAUCUUCACCGACGGCCGUGUCAAUAUGGGGGGGUCUCCUCUCCCCACCAUCAGUAAAAUCCGGGAGCUGCUCAGCAUCGGCAGAGACCCCCGCAACGACCGGGAGGAUUUCCUGGACAUUUACGUGUUCGGGGUUGGGGAGCUGUCCGACCGCGCGGUGCUGAACUCGAUGGCGUCUAAAAAGGACGGCGAGGAGCACGUGUGGGUGCUGCGGGAGCUGGGGGACCUGCACAGCGCCUUCCACGCCAUGAUAGACGAAAGCGCGGCUCUGGGGCUUUGUGGGAUCGCCCACGAUUACAGCAGCGCCACCGACCGGCAGAAAAACCCCUGGAGCGCGCGGCUCCUCAUCACGAGACCCGAGAGCGGCCGCGAGCGCUGCGCGGCUUCGCUGAUCUCGCGAUAUUUCGUGCUGACGGCCGCGCACUGCUUCCGGGGGGGGGACAGCGCCCAAUGGGUGACCGUCAGCGUGGGAGCGGAGGAGCGCCGCGCUGCAGAGCUGCACAUCCACCCUCAGUACGAUUUGGGGGGGCGAAUCCAGAGGGGGGUCCCCGAAUUCUACGACUACGACGUCGCUUUGGUGCAGCUCCAGGAGCCCCUGGAGUUCUCUGAUAGCAUCAGGCCGCUCUGCCUGCCCUGCACUGAGGUUUCCUCCCGCGCUCUGCGGCUGCAGCCUGCGCUCAGCACCUGCACUGAGCACCGCCGCCUGCUGCUGCCCCCCCUCCAACGUCCCGGCCUUUUUCGUCUCUGACCGCGGCUCCGAGGGGCUGCAGCGCCGCCACAUCCACCUGCGCCUCGGGGACCAGCGCCCCCCCUGUGAACGCGACGCUCUGCGCGCGCGGCCCCUACAGCAACGUGACGUCGGUGAGCGACGUCGUCACCCAGCGCUUCCUCUGCUCCGGGGGCACCGAGCCCAGCGUCGACCCCAACGCCUGCAGGGGUGACUCCGGCGGUCCCGUCAUCGUCACCAGAGGGAAACGCUACUUCCAGGUCGGGGUGAUCAGCUGGGGAGUGGAGGACGUUUGCAAGGGGGGGGGGCGGGGCCUCUCCCCCCCCCCACGCCCGAGAUUUUCACAUCAGCCUCGUCGAGGUGCUGCCGUGGCUGCGGGAGGUGCUGAAGGACGAGGAGCUGGGCUUCCUGCCAUAGGCAUCA